AUGGGCUCACAGCCAGCACCGCAAUCGGCACAGCCAGGCGCCAGCACCACCGUAGCCUCACCAGGCGGUCGCUGGCGUUCGGCUACCGAACACGAUGUCUAUGCUGACAACCGCGACGAAGAUAUAUUUGGAUGGAUCCAACCCGACGAGUGGGAUACCGUCGCUGGUCCAAACAAGAGCAACUUUAUGCGUGGAGAUUGCGUCGAGUGCAACAUCGACCAAGACAGACCCGCCGCCGCCGCUGCCGCCGUUCACCCAACACUUCAGAGCUGCGGAGGGCCUAGCUGUGGAUACGGAGCUCAGUGCUGCGAGUACAGCCGUCGCGCCACCCACACUUCAGGCCCAGCCCCCCACAUGCCCGCUCUCCUCUUGCAACAAACCAACAAGUCUGGCAAAAGCUCUAAAAUUGCUGAUCUCGCCAAGGUUGAACAGAAGAGAAGUCUCGGUGUUAGCCUCGUCGACAUCAUUCACGGUCGCAGCUGCCGGCCCAUUAGUCUUCUGGAUCUGCGAAUGUUCUUACACUUUCAGCGCCAGCCCCUCAAACGUCUGCCGUCGUACUAUCCCGCCUCGGACAUGCAGAAUUCUGACCUCGAUCUCUUCGACCUCAGACUCGACGCACCCAGCUCGUCCGUCUCUUCGCCAACCUCGCCACGCCUGAUCAAACAAAAACCUGUUCCGCGACGACUUCACCACGAUGAGGUGGAUGCGCUCGACUUUCUGGUCGCCUACGAACGCUACCUCACCAAGUUCAGAGACCAACCGCGUGCAGAUCGCCUCAAGAGUCCCGAUCCUGCCACGUGCAAAGCGGCAGUGCGCGCCUUUGUUCGACGUGCUUGCAAGCCCCGCGCAUCCUCCGAUUUGACGGCUCUUGACGUGUUGCGUCAAGGUGACGACAGCCCGGACGAGAUUUCCGACAUUCCACCCGAGGCUCUGCAAGAGGUUCUCGCUCGUCUCAAGCCCACCGACCUGGGGCUCGAGCCGGAAACGCAGCCUCUGCGUGUCGAGUUUGAUCGCCUUGUUCAUCGUCACCUGUGCUCGCGUCGCAUCUGCAUCCUUCCCAGCUCGAGCAAACAGAGAAAGAACCGAGACUCCAACUCAUCUUCCGACACGGCCGUCCCAACUCAACAAUUAGGAUCGUCGGAUAAAGACAAGAUCCCCCGUCUUCGCUGGAUGGUCGACGUCGGCCUCAUCGCUGAAAGCGAUUUGCAGCUGUGCUUGGCUGAAUGCGACUACUCGACUCAUCCGGACGUGCUAGCACCCAUCGCAGACGCAGUGUACGCCUACAUGUCGCAACAUGUCAUGCCUUACUUUUUCAUCUCGGUGGCGCGCAACCUGCGCCCCAACACCAAACGUGGUCGUCUCACCGUCGGCAUCGUCUGCACGUCAAUCGCCAUCGCACUGAGCGUGCUGCUCAUUGUGGAGCCGUCUCCACUUGCAAUCCACUCCGAGACGGGCAAGAUUGUGCGAUGGUGGCGACUCAUCACUGCGCCCAUCUGGUGCGCUGGCUUGGGCUACAUCCUCGCCUACUUUACAGGUCUUUGUGUGUGGCUCACGCUGCGAGGUAACCGCGAACCGGACGAGGAGGAGGAACGCGAGCGGGAAGAGAUUCGUUCGCGCAUCUCGGGCGAAGAGGUGGUCGGCUUUGACCUGGCCACACUGCAAGCCGCUGUCGAUCAGCGGGAUUCGGAGGCGGAGCGAGAGACAAACCGAUGGAUGGCGCCCGAGAUUGCCGAUAUCCUCACGGGUCUCACUGGCCAGAAGAAGGACAAGUACAAGAGGCAGCGGUCGAGCACGGAGUUUCACCGUAGUCGAAACCUGCGCACCGUUGAAGAAGGGCCACAACGCUCCAUAUUCGAGGCCACCAACGCUGGCUUGUCUGGCAAAGUGUCUAUGGACCACUCAUUUGCAGAUGCCUCUAACGCAAUCGGCUUGCAUACCUACACGGAAAAGGACGCCGCGCUUACCAUGCCGGCAGCAGUGAUCCUGCACUCGCCGCGAAAGUCUUCGGCCGUCACGGGCCCAUCCGACACAGCAAGCCGUCCGUCAGUGACACUCUCGGCGGUCGAGUUGAACGCUGCUACUUGGGUGCGACCGAGCAUGGAUCGUGCUCCGCACUCGCUCAACGACUUGCGUCAAGCUGAUACCAGCAUUGGCGACGCCAGCGCGCAAGCUCCUGCUCUGUUGAGGCAGAAGCGCGUACCGCUGCUCAACUUUUCGAUUGGCAUCACGACCAGUGCAGACAACGAGCUUGCCAAGGAUCACGUCGAUACCCCCGUGUUGACGCGAGACGCGCUGCUGUUUGAUCCUGAACUGGCUGCCCGCGUGGCUUCGCCGACGUCUCCGCAGGGGUCUGUGCGACGUGCUGCAGGAGAAGGCUCCCCGCAUGCUUCCCCGCCCGCUGUGACCCGACGCAAGUCGCUGGCACACGCUUUGCGGCCGCUAAAGUCGAGUGGACGCAUGCAAUCGCAUAUAGAAGAAAGUGCGUCGGACUCGCCUACUCGCGCCCAGUCGGAUGAAAGCGACGUGGAAAAGGUCGAGCGUAUCUUGCCCAGGACCCCAGAAGCGGCAGCGCAUGCGUUGACGCCGCUGGACCCUCGCGAGAUUGCACCCUGGUCCGCGCCUUCUGCAGUCAACUCGGACAUGCCUUACUCUGCACGACCGCUGACGUUUGCCGCGUCAAGCCAGCUCAAGUCACGUCUGUCGGCUACGACGAGCAGUACCGCUGUGGGGCCUUGGCCUGCUGCUCCAUCGGCACCGAAGCGUGCGUACGACCAGUCGAGCUCGGCGUCGUGGAGCGAGCGUGUCUGGACGGCGAUCCAGCGAGGCACAGGUUUCGCUGUCGGCACGGAACAUGUGCUCGAUGCCCGUGUUCGACGCGCGCAGCAAAUGAAGGCGAUGCGCAUCAUGGUGUACAAUACAGUGGCUACGGUGGUCGUUGUUGUCAUUGUCGUUGCCAUUCCUUGA